GCUGGGGGUGGCGGCACCGGGAGCGCAGAUCUCGAGGCAGUUUCCUCGUUGCCAGGAACACGCCGUGCGUGCCCAAGGCGCCGGGACCUGCUGCCGUGACUCCCGAGCGCCCGUUUCUCUGUCGGUGGGAAGUUGGUGUCUCCAUGUCGCAGCUCCAGAGCUCCUGGGAGAUGCACCAGCAGAAUGUGGCCUAUCUUCCCGACACAGACAUGGAGAUCAUGGCCGCCAGCACGUCCCUGCCCGACGCGGUCGGCGACUCAGACAGGAACGUCCCGCGGAUCUGCGGCGUCUGCGGGGACAGAGCCACCGGCUUCCACUUCAACGCCAUGACCUGCGAAGGCUGCAAGGGCUUCUUCAGGAGGAGCAUGAAGAGGAAAGCGAUGUUCACGUGUCCCUUCAACGGCGACUGCAAAAUCACCAAGGACAACCGGCGGCACUGCCAGGCCUGCCGGCUGAAGCGCUGCGUGGACAUCGGCAUGAUGAAGGAGUUCAUCCUGACGGACGAGGAGGUCCAGAGGAAGCGGGAGAUGAUCCUGAAGCGCAAGGAGGAGGAGGCGCUGAAGGAGAGCCUGAAGCCCAAGCUCUCGGAGGAGCAGCAGAAAGUCAUCGACACGCUCCUGGAGGCUCACCGCAAAACCUACGACCCCACCUACGCCGACUUCACCAAGUUUCGGCCCCCGGUGAGAAACAGCCCCAAAACGCAGGCGGCAGCGAGAUCCGCCUCCAUCCUCACCCAGGACUUGUCCUCGGAGGAUUCCACCGACCUCUUCAGCUCCAACGGCUUCGGCACGUUCCCAGAGUCCGUGGAGCCCCAGAUGUUUUCCAGCCUGGACCUCUCCGAGGAGAACGACGAGAGCUCCUCCAUUAACAUCGACUUCUCCCAGCUCUCCAUGCUCCCACACUUGGCCGACCUGGUCAGCUACAGCAUCCAGAAGGUGAUCGGCUUCGCCAAAAUGAUCCCGGGGUUCAGGGAGCUGGCGGCGGAGGACCAGAUCGCGCUGCUGAAAUCCAGCGCCAUCGAGGUGAUCAUGCUGCGCUCCAACCAGUCCUUCACCCUCGAGGACAUGACGUGGACCUGCGGCAGCAACGAAUUCAAGUACCACAUCAGCGACGUCACCCAAGCUGGCCACAGCAUGGACCUCCUGGAGCCACUGGUGAAAUUCCAGGUCAGCCUGAAGAAGCUGAACCUCCACGAAGAAGAGCACGUGCUCCUCAUGGCCAUCUGCAUCCUGUCCCCAGAUCGCCCGGGCGUGCAGGACACGUCGCUGGUGGAAUCCCUCCAGGAUCGCCUCUCCGAGAUCCUCCAGACCUACAUCCGCUGCCGGCACCCGCCUCCCGGCAGCCGCCUGCUCUACGCCAAGAUGAUCCAGAAGCUGGCCGACCUGCGCAGCCUGAACGAGGAGCACUCCAGGCAGUACCGCUGCCUGUCCUUCCAGCCCGAGCACAGCAUGCAGCUCACCCCGCUCGUGCUCGAGGUCUUCGGCAACGAGAUCUCGUGACCGCGGCGCUCGCGGGGAUGGGUCAGCCCGCGGCUGCCGAGGGCAGGACGGGACCCCCUCUGGAGGGAUUUGGGGCGCGGACGCUUUGGUUUCACACUACUCGAGGGCCGGUUUUGUCUCCUCAGCCACCGCCACCAACAUUUGCUCGAUAUGGAGCAGCGACACACCCAAAUCUGGGUGUUUUCCCCCCACUUUUCCGCUUCCCCGCCGUCUGCGAGAGCUGACUUAUCCCUUUAUGGAUGUUUUGGGGCCGGGCUGCCUCAAAUCUCUUACUUUUUGACCUGGAAAGUUGGGGUGUGUGGAAGAAGGGCUGGUUUUGAGGGAGGAGAUGGAAUCUGCAGCACUUGUCCCCCCUGCUUUUCAAAAGGGGAGAUGCCGAUUGUAUCGCACCUCGUGAAAACGCUGUGGACUGUGUCCCCACAUACAACCAGUUAAAACCAGUUCCCGAGCCACUGUGAGACUGGGAAGAGGCUGGAGCUGCCUGUGUCAGCCUGGGGGGGGAAUUUCUCAUCGACCCUCAACGGAAACAGCCGAAUGGGCUGUAGUUUGUGUUCCUGGCACUACCGCUGGCUUUGGGGGAGCGGGGUGACACUGCGCUGUCUCGGGGUGACACUACACCCUCGGGCAGGACCCCCUCACCAUGCCCCCCCCAGCCCAUGAGGGUGUCACGGUGAUGACGGCAGGUCCCAGCUCGGCUUUGGCACCUCGUGGUGCCUGGUGGCAGCUGGAAUUGGGGACCCGGGGGCUGCUCAGGGCCACUGUCACCCCCGAUGCUGGUGGAGCCGCCCCCGGGAGAAGGGGGAGCAGGGGGUGCCCCGAGCCCCGCACGGUGUCAGCGAGGGGGCCCAGCCCGCUGCCCGGGGCUGCUCCUGCCAAAUAAAACGCUGGUUUGGGAAGGGC